AUGCACCCCGACGAUUCACACAUUGUUGUUUUGAGGCAUAAUGUAUGGCGUGUCAAGGGUCUAAUACAAAUAUCUAGAUCUAUUGGUGAUGUAUAUCUGAAAAAGGCUGAGUUCAAUAGAGAACCUUUAUAUGCAAAGUUUCGGCUUCUUGAGCCGUUCAAAACACCAAUUUUGAGCUCGGAGCCAUCAAUAUCAGUUCACCAGCUACAGCCACAAGAUCAGUUUAUUAUAUUUGCAUCUGACGGGCUCUGGGAGCACCUUAAGAAUCAAGAAGCUGUUGAUAUAGUUCAAAACAAUCCUCGCUCGGGAAUUGCAAGGAGGCUAGUGAGAGCCGCACUUCAAGAUGCGGCAAAGAAGAGAGAAAUGAGAUAUUCAAGAUGCGGCAAAGAAGAGAGAAAUUAG